GCGAGUGAUUUUACAAGUUUAAGCGACUUACGCGCGGAGAAAAAAGUAAUUGUAUUGUUGAUAAUUGGGGAGGCCAUGAGGAAGUGCGGGAGUGGAAAAGUAUAGUGUAAGAGUGACGAGUGGGACGAUGGAGGAGGAGGACGGCGGUACGUGCCUGAUGGGCUGCAGGUGUGGGCACCUCCGUCCGACCAAAGCGCGACUCGUACUACUGGCCUCACUCGUACUCGCCGCGCUAACGACAGGCCACGGCAGCAUCACCGGGGGCAAGCGGCUAGUGCGGAGACUUGUUGCGCCGGCCAUAGUGGACCCAAGGGCGGAAAAGGUCACGCUGAGCUGCGAGUACGACCUUCACGGGCAGCAGCUGUACUCGAUAAGCUGGUACAGGAACGACAACGCGUUGUUCAAGUACUCGCCCAGCCUCGACCACUUGAGGGGCCAGUUUUUCGAGCAGCCCGACGAGCCCGACGUCAGGGUCAGUCCCGAGAUGAGCAACAGCCGGCAGCUCGUGCUCCUCGGCAACGGGGACUUUCGCAAAAACAAACGAGCCUACGAGGGCACGUACCUGUGCGAGGUGGCCACGGAGGAGCCCUUUUUCUCGGACUACGCGGUCGCGAACGUCACCACGGCCAUUUUGCCGAAGAGCAGCCCCGUCAUCGACGGCCUCGCCCCCAACUACAACGUGGGGGAGCAGCUCGACGCUUCCUGCCUCGCGGCCCCGAGUCUGCCUCCGGCGGAUCUCGUCUUCUACAUCAACGGGCGCAAGGUAACACGUACACCUCAUGAGUACAGGUGCACGAUGUACAAUGUAAUGACGAAGCACAAACGAUUUGCUCAAUGUCUGGUUGAAAAAGGACCGAGUGAUUACUAA